CUUGAACCAGCUAUGGAUUACUUCAUUAAUGCUGAUAUAUGUCCUGGGAUCGGCUGUUGUCAUAAGGUAUUGAAUGUGUUUUUCAAGAAUGAGGAAGCAGAAUCUGAUCAUCACCAAUGCGACGCUCUCAGUGAGACCGGUUGUCUCUGGUGCCUCAUCACACAGUCAAGUGUUUGUUGUGAUAUUCACACACCAGAAUACUUUGCCCAAUUCACCUCUGCAAUCCCAAAACAACAAAAACAAAUUUCAUGCUCAUGCCUUGUCAAGUUUUCCAUGACCUCACUUGAUUUAAAGUUGGUUGAUGCACUUGAGGACUGGCAGGAGGAAACCGCCAUCAAGCUCUAUGGCUAUUCUCAUUUAAAUGAUCUUGGACCCAGGGUUGUAAUGCCCAAUAGUAUCAUGGACCGGAUUGUUGAGUGUGCUCAUUUUUACAAGAUGAAGUCCAUAGCCAACUUGGUCAAGGAAACUUGUUGGUCAGGAGCCAGCAAACAUGGAGAUGUGAUUAUCACAUUGAUUCACCAAGUGUGCCCAAUUCCUAUGCCCAUGACAUCAGCCCCACUACAGCCUCGUGCAAUCUUGUCAAACGCUAACACAAGUACAUUGGUCCCUCAUAAUGCAAAGUGA